UGUGUGUGUGUGUGUAUGUACUUGUAUUACGGAAAAGACACGUCCUUGAGGAGGCUGAGAUGUUAGAUCCACGUAUCAGCGCUCUGGAGGAAGAUCUGGAUGAGGUGGAGAGCAGUGAUGAAGAGGAUGAGGAAGAAGAGAAGCCGGAGCGACUCCAAACCCCAGAGCCCCACAGACGCCGUGACGGUUACCGUGACAACGACCGGCCUCGCCGUUCUCCGUCGCCUCGUUACAGACGCAGCCGCUCACCCAGACGGAGGAGCAGAUCUCCAAAGAGACGAAGCCCGUCACCCAGAAGAGAGCGCCACCGCAGCAAGAGCCCCCGCCGCCACCGCAGCCGGUCCAGAGACAGACGCCACCGCUCCAAAUCUCCAGGUCACCACAGAAGCCACAGACAUCGCAGCCACUCAAAGUCCCCCGAGAGGAGUUCAAAAAAGAGUCACAAGAAGAGUCGAAGAGGAAAUGAUUGAUCUGUUUCCUCCUUUUUAUUUUUUCUGUUGGUGAACUUGCC